AUCAGGUGUGUUGAUUACUGAACCCUUUCCUCCCCCUCUCACGGUCGCGAACUCGUUAUUUUACUUCUUAAGAUCUCAUUUUUGUAGACGAAUCGUUACGUGCCUUGAAUGCGGAGCGGGACUUCAUGAAAACCCGGAUGUCGAAGAAGUUGCUGGCGAUCUUGGUUCGGUUCAGAGCAGCUCAGCCCUAUUUUAGUGCUUUUUAUUGCAGUACAUAAAACGGGUCGAACCGUGGGGGUUGAAGUGUUUGUGUUUUACGAGGCUUUUGUACACCGAUGCGCCAGUCUGGGCGAAUCGCAGUGCGGAAAGGUACCAGUCGUCUUCAUGGGAGAUUGGCGCGGUGUUUUUAUUGACGGUGGGGUCACUGUGGGUAUUGUGUGGAGUUGAAAAUAUGAGUUCGGUCGAGCGUUUACACUUUUGUCACAAGAUAAUCUGGGGGGCCACAUUGCUUACAAGGUGAUACCAUUGCGUUCCUAGAUGCUACAGGUUCAGAAGUAGUACGAGAACUGGCACCAGGUUAAGAGGAGUUUCAAAGUGGGAUAUCUCUGCACGCUGCAGCUUGAUCCUCUGUGAAGAUGGCGAGUUUAGGGAAUAUAACGUGCCUAAGAUUGGACAAUGUGGUUAGGAAUGGCGAAAUAAACGAGACUUCCGACUUGUUAGUGAAAGGCACUUGGUUGCCAUCCGAGUUUAGUAUUUCCGUAUGUGAUGGAUCGCUCUCUUGGAUAGGCAGGGCUGAUAAGGACUUCGUUUUGAACAAUGCAAACAAAUUUGCAAUGACUCCAUCGGAGUAUGUGGACAAAAUUCAAUGCUGUUAUAGUAAACAGCAACCUGAUACCAGGUACGAAUUGAAACGGGCCGCGAAUUCUAGUCUGGAAUUACAUUGUCACACAGAAUCGCGUUACGAGCUGAUUUUGAGAUUACCCUUGACUGAAGUUAGUCAUCAAACAGUGCCUAUCGAGAUGAUACAGUUUUUGCUGGAUGCUUAUCACUAUAUGAAGGAAGAGCUUGCUAAAAAAACACGGGCCUAUGAAAGAGAGGUCGCAGCGAAAGAGCUAGCCUUGGCUUCGCUGAAAAGUCAAGUAGAAGAAGGUGGAACUGGUACUGCUCCGAUUGGCGAUAUGAACGUGCAGUUAGAUGAAAAAGGUGAUGGUCUGCAAAACGUCGGAAGGACGUCCUCUCGAGGUAAACGGAAAGCAGGUGCUAGUGCCAUGGAAGUAGUCUCCAGGAAACGGGCAUCGACAGCAGUAAAAGCUUCAGAUACUCCGCCACUUCUUCAGAAGCCUGCUUCUCCAGUGAUUCCCACAGACGAUGCUCCCCUUGAGAAGCAGUCAUCAACAUUAGCACUCCGUCCCCAUUUGGAAGCGUUGGGGUACACACAGCCAACAGUUGGUGAGGAGCGUUUGAACUCUAACAAAAUUCCUAUCUGGUCGGACAAAAGAGAGACCGAGCCUAUCAAGGAGCGUUCUAAUGAUGACUCCGAGGAUAGCCUUUCAGACGAAGCUCAGCCCAAGAAGGCGUCUCAUAACCAUCGUUCUGAUGCAGAAAUAGCGAUAGAGAGCAAAAUCUAUCUGGAUGCAACACCUGCUUCUGGGAAGAGAGGAAGUGGGAAGAAACAACGGAAAUCAAGUGGGAGAACGGUUGGAAAAUCAGGUAGAAAAUCUAACAAGAAGUCUCAAGCUGAAUCUUUGGAGGAUUCCCCAGAAAACCAGGAUGAGGAUGUUGUAGAAACGACUGGAAAGGGUGUGGAAAAUUUCGCUUCGACACCAGCAAAGCCACAGCGUCCAGUUCCAGUGACUGCAAAGAAGACAAGCGCUUCGAAGAGUUCCUCAAAAGCCAAAACUAGUGCCGCUAAGAGCAUCAAAAAAAGAUCAAAAUCAGUCUCAGAGAUAGAAGAGAUAUCUUCUGAAUCUGACGAUGAGCCCGAGGCGAGUGAAGUUUCCGAGGUUGGUGCCAAGCCUGAAGAAGAUGAAGAUACUGAUAGAGCCAUUGCCGUGCAAAGUGCUGAGUUCCAUGACUUCGAUCUGACUCGUACUGAAUCUGACUUUGAAAUAGAUCAUUUCUGGGCGCUUUACGACGACCAGGAUGGUAUGCCUCGCUUCUAUGCACGCGUCAUCGAUGUUAGAAGGGACCCCUUUCAAGUGAAGGUGCGGUGGCUGGAGUCUUUCAAACCCAACCUUCCUGCCAAUUGUCUUGUCAAAACUGCGCACCUUUCUACUUCCUGUGGAGAGUUCAUCAUAGGAACCGAAAUAUUACAGGAUCUUCCAGCAUUUUCACACAAAAUUGAAGUGCAACAAGAAGGGAACAACAAGAGGUCAAUGGUCAAGUACUUUCCUGAAAUAGAAGAAAUAUGGGCUUUGUAUAGAGACUGGGAUAAGAAACACCCAAAGAAGGAAGAUGACGUCACGGAAAUUCAGUACAAUUAUGAUCUGGUCCAAGUGCAAUCAAAACUCUCGCCUGUAGAGGGAGUGGAUGUGGUGCCUCUUGUUAAAGUGACUGGAUUUAAGUCGGUAUUUACUGUUGAAGAUGUGGCGAAGAAGUUCAAUAUUCCCUACGAGCAAUUACAGGCGAGGUUUUCCCACCGCAUUCCUGAAAAAAUGCUCCACAGAUCUGAGAGUCCUGGAAUCCCUGUCGGUGCUUUCGAACUUGAUCCUGCAUCCACACCCUCGGAGUACUUGGGCAGUGGUGACCCUUUGCAAUGAGCCCAUGCUUUCCAGCUUGGAGCUUAUUUUUUUGAAACCAUGUUAGUCGAGUUUGUCUUGGCAGCCAGGUUGCGUCCUCUAUCAAAGCUGUACUCAUUGGUGAGCUAUUUUUUUCCAGGAAACGUAUGUAGAUCCAUAGCUCCAUUUACUCUGUUUAUACUUGUAGAGGUACCUCUGUUGUGAUGAGCGUUCUUCUGUAAUGGAGUAGAUAUCCGUCGGAAACUUAAGAUCCUUUGAAUCUUCCUUCUCUGAAACACAGUAGUGAACAACACUUGUAUUCGCAAGCAGAUUUAUCUCUUAAUUUUUGAAGUUGUUUACACACAAUUUCCAAUGUUAAGCUUUGGUCGUAAACGAAGAUACACUUCAAAUUCAAAUAA